AUCAAUCAAUGAACCACGACUGCCUUUAUUUUUAUAUAAGUCGUCUCGGCUUCGAGCUCGACUUUCUUGAUUCCAUCGCUGUUAGCAUUGUCUCCUUCUUCUGCCCUGCCCCUUAUAGCGACCUUCUUUGAGGAAACUCUCGCUUUCGCAGCUUCCUCUCUCCGUUUUGACCGGGACCCAUGUCGUCGACCGCCAGCCCGGUUCUCUCUCCGUCGUUCGGCGCCUCCGGCUCCAGGAUGUCGUCCCUGUACCUGACGACCCGCGCCGCCUCGGCUGCUUCCGUUCUGCUCAGGACUCGAAGGAGUAGUUUCGCUGGCAACGCGUCGCGCCUUGCCUUGUCGCCUUCGCCGGAGCCGUCGCCGGAGCCUCUGAGGUUUGCUGGCGGGGGCGGGCCGUUUAGACGGCGGCGUCUCGCCGAUUCCCCGGUCGCCAGAGCGGCGGCGGCGGCGGACGCGGAGGGCAGGGAGGUUGGAGUUCCCGAUGGGCUAGCAAAGCCAUCCCAAAGCUUCGGAGAAAGAUACCCGGCACUUGUUACUGGCUUUUUUUUCUUCAUGUGGUACUUCUUGAAUGUCAUCUUCAACAUACUGAACAAGAAGGUCUAUAACUAUUUCCCGUAUCCAUACUUCGUUUCUGUCAUACAUCUUCUCGUUGGAGUUGUAUAUUGUCUGGUUAGUUGGGCCGUUGGUCUGCCCAAACGAGCACCAAUUGAUAAGGAGCUCUUAGCGUUGCUGACUCCUGUUGCUAUAUGCCAUGCCCUAGGACACGUCAUGUCCAAUGUGUCUUUUGCAGCAGUUGCCGUAUCCUUUACGCAUACCAUCAAAGCCCUUGAGCCAUUCUGCAAUGCGGCUGCUUCUCAGUUCAUUCUGGGCCACCAGAUCCCACUCUCCCUGUGGCUAUCACUGGCUCCUGUUGUAAUAGGUGUGUCGAUGGCUUCUUUAACUGAGCUUUCUUUCAACUGGACUGGCUUCAUCAGUGCAAUGAUCUCAAAUCUUGCAUUUACCUACAGGAGUAUUUACUCAAAGAAGGCAAUGACAGGAAUGGACAGUACAAAUGUUUAUGCUUAUAUAACAAUCAUCGCUCUUGUGUUUUGCAUCCCUCCGGCAGUUAUUAUUGAGGGCCCUCAACUGAUGCAAUACGGAUUUAAGGAGGCCAUUGCCAAAGUGGGUCUUUUCAAGUUCCUGUCAGACCUUUUCUGGAUUGGAAUGUUCUAUCAUCUCUACAAUCAGGUCGCUACUAACACUUUGGAACGGGUAGCGCCACUUACACACGCUGUUGGGAAUGUGCUGAAGAGAGUUUUUGUGAUCGGUUUCUCUAUUGUUGUAUUCGGUAAUAAGAUCUCCUCUCAAACCGGGAUUGGAACUGCAAUAGCAAUAGCUGGAGUGGCCAUCUACUCCCUCGUAAAGGCGAAUAUUGAAGAGCAGAAACGGAAGGGUGCAGCGGCCCCUGCUCAGCGACGCCGAUCGUGGGGUAUUGACUGAUUUCCUUGUACCUCUCCAUGCCUUUUUUAAGGUAAUAAAUGAGCAAAUUCUUUUACCGAGGUUGACACCAGCUAGCCGAGCUGCCUCGAAGACUUCCCUACAUCAUCAUGAAACUGUAGCUACUGGAUCGAUUCUUUGUCUAAACUUGCAUUCGUCACGAGCCUUUCGGUUAAUAUUUGUGUAAGUACGCAUCCUCUGGAGGGGAAGAAACAAGAAAUAACAAAUGAAGAUGCAAAGUUUCAGAUUGUUUAA